CAUGUCGCAGGCGGCAACCGCCCCUGCCCCCGGGGCCCGCAUGGCAGCGUGCGCGGCGCCUGCAGGUCAAAGCCUAUCCACCCGCGACUCCCUCCUCCCCGGACCCACAUGUCAGCCUGACUCGCCGCCACGCGUUUGCCUUGCCCCCACCCGAAUCCUUCCCUGCCUUCUCUCUCGCCGCGUCGCGUUGCCGGCUCCGUCUCCUCCUCGGGUAUAUAGCCGCCAGCAGGGGGGAAGGGGAUCGGCCAAACCAGCAGCCGUCGUCGUCGCUCUGCCCACAGGAACAUCGCCGCCGGAGGAUCGGCUACUUCUGCUGUUUCUGGGCGCGCCGGAGCUCGCGUCGUCGUUCGGUAACUUGGGGAGACCAUGGGAGGAGGGAAGGACAAGCAUGAUGAGAGCGACAAGGGGCUCUUCUCAAACAUGAUGCACGGCGUUGCCGGUGGCCAUGGGUACCCUCACCAGGGAUACCCUCCGCAGGGCUACCCACCACCACAAGGAGCAUACCCACCUCCCCCAGGGGCGUAUCCUCCUCCUCCACCAGGGGCAUACCCACCUCCACCUGGGGCAUACCCACCACAACAUGGGUACCCUCAGCCAGGUGGCUACCCACCGCAAGGUGGAUAUCCUCCUGCAGGCUACCCAGGCUCAUCUCACCAGGGUUAUGGGAGCAGCCAUGGCGGGAGCCACAUGGGGAUGGGGACAGUUCUAGCUGGAGGUGCUGCCGCCGCCGCAGCUGCUUAUGGAGCACACAAGCUUUCUCAUGGCCAUAGCGGACACGGUGGACAUGGUGUCUUUGGAGGAGGCUAUGGUCAUGGUGGCUACGGCCACGGCUACGGCGGCCACGGCAAGUUCAAGCAUGGUCACGGCGGCCACGGCAAGUUCAAGCACGGUCACGGCAAGUUCAAGCAUGGCAAGCACGGGCACGGCAUGUUCGGCGGCAAGUUCAAGAAGUGGAAGUGAUGCGCUCUCCAUGGUUGAUCAUAACUGAACUUGUAUGCAAGCUUCCAGCACAUCUGUUGCCUGGAACGCCUUUGCAUUGUAUCUAGUAGGGUGAUCACUUACUCAUCCUUGGUCUAUAUUGCCGUGAGCUUGUGGCGAGUGACAUGACUGCUAAUAAGUGACAUAAUAACCAUUUACUGUCUUGCUGAUACGCUGUGUUGAUGCUGUG